AUGAAGACUUGCUCCCUCGCAGCCCUUGCCGCUUUCGCCGCCUCGGCGCUCGCCGCCCCCCUGGCGGACGACGCGUCCCUCGCCGCAAACCGCGCCAAGCGGACCAUGCCCAGCAGCUACUGCACCAUCGGCGCCAUCAACCAGUGCGCCGACAUUGUCAACCCCUACCUGUCUUCCUGUCCGGACUGCAUCCGCAGCCUGGGCGGCGAGUGCUCGACCUGGAGUUUUGAAUACAUCAACAAUACCUGGUGCUGA